AGUUUCCUUUGUAGCAUGCAAAGGAAGGAUUCAAGAUAAAUGCAAAAUCGCCACUUAUGAAUUAAAUUUGGGACUGAUUAGUGUAAAUUACUAUAAUUUAGCAUGCAUUGAGGCUAUAUCUGUAAUGGUAGGUAAUCAAGUCAAAGGAGAAAGUUAUACUGGUAAACAUGGAUCAGCCUUAGCCUAAGAGCGGCGAACAACUUUUGUUUAUGGUAACAGACUAAUGAUUUGGUGACAAUGCCGCAGACGAAUGGUGCAAAAAAUCAAGAUGGAAAAGAAAGGAUUCUUGCAAAUCGUUACAAUGUUUGCAGGAAACUUGGAAGUGGAAAUUUCGGAACUGUUUUCGUAGUGGAGGAUUUGAAGGGUGACGAGAAAUGGAAAGUUCUUAAAGAGAUACCGAUUGGCGACCUGCAGCCAGAUGAAACUGUAGAUGCUGUGCGAGAAGCCAGGCUUUUAUCAAAGCUUGACCAUCCUGGCAUUGUGAAGUUUUAUGACAGUUUCAUCGAUGGAACCCAUUUUUGUAUUGUCACCGAAUUUUGUGAGGAUGGUGACUUAGAUAUUAAGAUUAAUGAGAGAAGGAAAAUGGCUAAGCUUUUUGACGAAUCUCGCAUUGUUACAUGGUUUAUACAAUUGCUGCUUGCAGUACAAUACAUGCAUGAAAGGCGAAUUCUUCACAGAGAUUUAAAAACCAGGAACAUCUUUCUUCGCAAUAACAUGAUAAAACUUGGUGAUUUCGGUAUUUCACGAAUACUAAUGGGUACAACAGACAUAGCAACGACCUUCACUGGUACACCAUACUACAUGAGCCCCGAAGUUCUUAAACACGAGGGCUAUAAUUCAAAGUCGGACAUAUGGUCUCUUGGUGUUAUUCUCUACGAACUUUGUUCCCUAAGACGAGCGUUUGACGGACAGAAUUUGAUGGGCGUGAUGUUCAAGAUUGUCCAGAACGACCCACCAUCUUUAGCAAAAUAUUCAUCCGAAGAACUUUGUCGCAUUUACGCAAGCAUGCUCAACAAAGAUCCAAAGAAGAGACCCUCUGCUUCAGAACUUUUAAAAAGUCAGUUUCUUGUGAGGCAUCUCGAGAAACUCAAGACGAAAAUGAACGAGAGGGCUCGUAAUGAGAAAAGUGCAGACAAAGAGUCGAAGGCAAUCGCAGCUUUCUUGUCAGAAUCUGCUAAAAAAGGAGACAUCGAGGGUGUUAGGGCGAGUAAGCCGCCUCCAAAGAAUGCCGGAGAACUCCGACCAAUGACGCCAGGUGAGCGGUUAAAACAGCGCAAGCAAGAAAAGGCCGAUGCUGAAGCAAGGAAACUUAGUCAAGUGACUGCCGCAUCCUACCGUGAAAGCAGACAAAGAUAUUCAGAACUUAAGAAUAAGCAGACCACAGUGAAUGCUGCGAUUGAGUGGACAGAGCAAAAAGGGACGUUUUCGGAACCAAGAACUGAGCUCUAUUCGACUGACGAUAUUUUUUCUCCAUCAAAUCACUCUCUAGACGAGGAUGAUUCAGGCAGGGACACACUCGAUUUUACCACCGUCUCUGAUGUACCCGAAGACGAAGAACUAGCAAACACCUAUUAUUCGCUAGUUGAUGACUUUGAAGACGACGGCAGUUCACUGUCGGAAUCCGAUUCUGAUGAUGAAUAUGAUGAUCUUAUGGAGCGAAUGAACGACGCUUUGGAACUCAAAGAUACUCUUAACGAAACUUCCCCUGAAAAGGACGACUUGGGUGAAAGUUUGGGCGAUUCAAGUAUAAUGAGAAGCAAGAAAAUCGAAUCUUUACGCAGUGAAUGCAUACGCCUCCUUGGAAAAGAGGGAUUCCUCAGGUCGUACGAUUAUUUAAACAAAGUCAGAUUUGAGUCGGAGGAGUCGCUGCUCAGCGAAGAAUCAAUCAUGGACGGACUGCGCAAUCUUGUAGAUAAACCACGUGACUGUUUUCUUGUCGACCAACUAUUGUUCUUAGAGAAACAGGAAGAAAUAUUAAGACAGUCGAGAUAACAGUGUAAAAAUUGCAAGUAGUCACCGUAGGUUUUUAGAAGGAUGACGUUAGACUUUAUCUAAUGGUCUUAUUUCAUGCAUGCCCUGUUCCGUAGAAAUUGCUGCUUUUUUUCGAUAGGCUUUUAUGAUACUCGCAGAGCUUUCAUAUUUAUUGUGCCUUUUUUUGAACUUGCCAUGAAGGAAGCUGUAGAUGUGCUGGAGGGUACUGACAUUACCAGAAACGUCGCAAUUUUGCGAUGAAUUUGUUUAGAGUAUACUUUUCAAUGGACUGCAAUGGAAUUGAGCUAUUCAUUACGUGGUAUUGAGUAAUAGAAAUGUGGAGAUGAGACUAUUGGUGAAGUGUUUAUACUAGCUUUUAGUUAAUUAAAACUCCUCCUUGCUGAAAGUUUGCAUUCUUUCCUUAAGUAAUUCACCAUUUCACAAAGUUAAAUGUCCCCGCGUAUCAAACCUUUUGCGAUAUAGAUAGCGUUUACGGAAUUCCCUUAACUUUGCUCUAGCUGCUGACUUGGCCGGAUAAAGGUGGAUAGAUAAAUGUGGGUGCUACUAGUGCUACAGCACUAGGCCCAUUUCUGAAGUAGGCCCAGAUGAAGAAAGUUGAAUAGGUCCAGUAAUAGACCAUUUUAAUGCUGUAUCAUCAGGUCCAGUUUGGGCUUAAUUCGUCACUGGGUGCUAACCUUUUGCAGUUUUGAAUGGAGAUCAAUAUUAGGGCUAUAGGAACAAGACUAGAAUUUAAAUGAUUCCCAAAGAUAACACAAGCUUAUUUCUAUCAAAAGAGCCAUAGCCCUCUUCUAUACUUUGAUAUAUUCUUUGCAGCCCAUUGGAAUUAUCUCCAACUGUUCAGUUAUUUUUAUCCACUUAUUGCUGUAUUUACUAGCGAAGGCGAAUCUUCACAUAUCCUUCAAACAAGGCUGAUACUUUGAAGGAAGUGAAACUUACAUUUAAGUGAUGCUGUUCCGUUUUGAAUUCCACUGCUUGCCGAAGUAGAUGCGAACCAGUUAUGAGAAGGCGAUAAUAAACUGCAUUUAAGAUAAUUGAAUAAAUCCCUCUUUCAAAAGCUAUUUAACUGUUAAUUAAUUGUUAAUUAACUGUUUAACUAGAUAAAGAUAACAGUCUAUAGUAAAUUUUUCUUCAGUCCCAAACACAUUAAAUGUGAAUUUUAGUUUUCUUAAUAGUGUGUAAGUUGUAUUUGAUUGGUAGACUUUUUAAGUUUGCAUCACCCUUUUAUUAGCUGCAAUACUUUUACCUCUUUUGCUUUCAUGUAAUAUAUGUUUAUUAUCAUUGAUAUAAAGUAUGCUUAUUAACAGUGUGAAUAUGUAACCAUGCAACUAAUACCGACCCAAUCAGACUUUUGGUAACGUUUUUGUAUUACCAAAUUUUCAUUGUAACA